GGGCAGGACUAUGGGACAUUGGCCGAGGUCACGGACUUGCCAAGAGACCACCCCAGGGACAUCCGAGACCCGUACAAAGAAAUAGCUGGGGUUGCUUGCAUUGAACGACAAGAGACUGGACACUGGCUGGCUCGUCUUUGUCAUCCCUGGGACUGGAGCCAGAAUGGCGUCCACCGCGCCCGCCUUUCGCGGUGAGUUCCCGCCCCCUUUGAAGCAGAGAGUCGACGCCGUGUCGUGGGAGGGCCGUCUUAGCAACAAGCGACCAACACGGAUAGCUGCAAAAAGAUCCAGACAAACGUCUGGGAGGCUGUAGGAUUUCAAGGAUUCGUCUUAAUUUCAACAGCAGAAACGAACGGCAUUUGAAGAGGGGGGAACGCAACCCCGGAAACGCCCAACUUGUCUUGCUGUUGGAGUUGCCGGAGGACUGGUAUUCGUGAAACUAUUUUCAGGGUUUUAGUUCCGGGAGAACAGAGCUGCCAGAAAGAGACGGUCUGGGUGGGGGAAGAAAAAUACUGAUGUCCGACCCCCAGAAUUUCACAGAAAUAAUCAUAGGAGGUAUUCACUUUGGACCUAUUCGGAAAAUGCUACAUGAAGGACAGAUGGAAGAGCUCGUCGUCAUCGCCACUUGAUUUGUGCCUUUGCUUUUUUUCCAGUACGAUAAUAUCCGUCGAGGCCGAUCUUCAGAUGAAAGACCUCCGAUAGCCCAUGGUUUGUACACCCAAGACCUUGCCUUUAUGGAUGAUUCUUGAUUGUAGAAAUCUACCUUCUGAAGCCAAGUGACUUGAGGUUCAUGAUUUUUUCAUUUUUAACCGAUUUUUGCAGAUUUUUCGUAAAUGCAUUGUUACCAGAUUGCACAGGGCGGAUGCUUUUAUAAUUACAGGAAAGAUUUUUAGGAAUACAGUUUGUACGGGAUGUUUAACAUUUUUGUGUAUGUAUACGUACAACCUUUUGCUAAGUAGGGUUCCCUGUAACUUAGCAUUCAGUUUUGACUACAUUUUUUUGAAAAAUAAUUUAUCAAAAUAAUCGCGACCGUAAAAGGUCGAUUUUUGCCUUCUAGAUCAACUUUCAAUCGCCCGUCUUCUGUUUACACGUGACAUCCCUAAGCCCGUGGCGGAAAUUCCCAGGCGUCCGACACUCAUCGUUUAUAUUUUUAGUUCUGUUUUGGAACAGCAGUUUUGCACUGGCUCAUUUUGCAAGUUUUUGCAUUUUUUUCUAUUAGGAUCAAGGCUAAUUUUAAAAUAACAAAUGUUGUUUGGGAAACAUUGUUUUUUAAGACAUACGAAUCAACUUUUAUGAAUUAAGCCUACUUUUAUAGAACCUAAGCUUUAUAUGAGGAAAAACUAAGAUUGAGCCAUAGUGAUUAGUCUGGUGUGUUUUACACGUCAAUGCCAGAGGAUUUAUCCAGCCCUUCCAUCUUUUGGAUGACCGGCUAUUUGCAACUGUUGACUGUAAAGAAAAAUCGAAAGACGUGAGUUCUGUUUUACACUUGAAAGAAGAACCCAGUCCGUAAGUGUGAAGGGAGACACCUGCACGUCAUGAAUAAUAUUGACAACUGUGUUGGAGCUCGACAACUGCUGGACACUGUAGGAGCGAUCUCAAUACAUAUGUAGUGCCGAAGAUCUUCUUUUAAAACGUGUCACGACAGAUCAGAUGUGCUUAUUUUGAGGAAUCGGGUUUUGUUAACUUUUGGAACGUAUUUGCUUUUUUUUUCGAGAUGUUAACUUUACCUAUUGACCCGUGUACAGAACAGAUCGGGUAUUGCAUUUGUGAAGGGUGGACCCAUCUAUUGUGACAUUUCAGUUUAAUUAAAACAUCUGUGUCAAGGAGCUUGAUGUACAGUUCUCUUCUUUGAAGAACAUAUUGAUGUUUUAUGUUGGUAGUUGUUUACAACGUAUACGCAGGAACUUCAGUAUCCCAUUUAAGACUUAAUCGGCUAUUUCGUGGGAUUCCUUUCUGGAUGGUCUGUCAUUUUACGUGGUACAGCCAUGAUGAUCCUCAGCAGGAAGCCGGAGGGACCGAUCACAGCGGCCCGGCAUGGGGACGGCUUGUAUGACUCCUACAUGCGAACUGACCAAGCUGACCCAAAUGGCAACAGUCCAGCAGCCCUGCCACCUCUUUCCAAGCAGACAAGUGGGAGUGGCAGCAACAAACCCACACCAAAAGAUCACAGAAUAGAUAGCCGAGGACAAUCAAAGAUGAAACAUUUACAUGAGGACACUGGCAUCCGUAAACCCAGCAGUGGCCCACAUCACAACGGUUCUUUAGGCACUGUGAAACCUGUGUCCACCUUACUUAAAGAACGAAGCAUUGAGAGCACCAGCUCUGGCAAGACGGGGGAUAGCUUGGUUAAGGCCAACAAGAUCUUGCCGCUAACUCCAGAUCAAGCCUUGAAACAAUACAAGGAGCAACUGACUACUCUGGAACAGGAAGAGAUCCUCAGCCAUUCUGAGGUCUACUUUGUGGGUCCAAAUGCCAAAAAGAAACAAGCAGUACCUGGUGGAUCUAAUAAUAACGGGUUUGAUGAUGACAAUGGUUGCUACAUUCAUGUGCCACAUGAUCAUUUGGCAUACCGCUACGAAUUCCUGAAAGUCAUCGGCAAGGGAAGUUUUGGACAGGUAGCCAAAGUUUAUGACCACAAGCUUCACCAACACCUCGCCCUGAAAAUGGUGAGAAAUGAGAAACGGUUCCAUAGGCAAGCAGCAGAGGAAAUACGUAUUUUGGAGUACCUAAAGAAGCAGGAUAAAACUGGUGGUCUGAAUGUGAUCCACAUGCUUGAAAAUUUUACUUUCCGCAACCAUAUCUGCAUGACGUUUGAGCUGCUGAGUAUGAACCUCUAUGAACUAAUCAAGCGGAACAAGUUCCAAGGUUUUAGCCUGCAGCUAGUCCGAAAAUUUGCCCACUCCAUAUUGCAGUGCUUGGAGGGUUUGCAUCGUAACAAGAUAAUUCAUUGUGACCUAAAACCAGAAAACAUCCUGCUUAAACAGCAAGGCCGAAGUGGCAUCAAAGUUAUUGACUUUGGGUCCAGCUGUUUUGAGCACCAGAGGGUCUACACAUACAUUCAGUCCCGUUUUUACAGAGCACCAGAAGUCAUUCUUGGCUCCCGCUAUGGUAUGCCUAUAGACAUGUGGAGCUUUGGUUGUAUUUUGGCAGAACUGCUGACUGGAUCCCCACUGUUCCCAGGGGAAGAUGAGGCAGACCAGCUGGCUUGCAUGAUGGAAAUUCUUGGCAUGCCACCCCAAAAGCUCCUGGAGCAGUCAAAGAGGGCCAAGAAUUUUAUCAAUUCCAAGGGACACCCACGCUACUGCAUCACCAGCACCCUGGCUAACGGCACUGUGGUACUCAGCGGCAGCAGAUCUCGCAGAGGGAAAAUGCGAGGACCGCCAAACAGCAAAGACUGGGUGAUGGCCCUCAAGGGUUGUGAUGACCCCACAUUCAUAGACUUUCUGAAAAAAUGUUUGGACUGGGAUCCUAGCACACGGAUAUCCCCCAACCAGGCUCUACGACACCCCUGGCUUUACAAGCGACUGCCUAAACCAGUCACUAGCACAUCUGAGAAGACUUCAUUAACUAAGCGAAUUACAGACAAUAGCACUUCUUUCCCAGGGAUCCUUUCCAAGCUGCCCCCUACAAUUGGUGAAGCCAAUAACAAACUUAGGACCAAUAUGAUGGGAGAAGCAAGGGGUAGCAUCCCCUUGCGCACGGUGCUACCCAAGCUUGUCACCUAGGUGGAUAAACAAUGAGAAUUAUGUAGGAAAUGGUACAUGACAAUUUUUUUUAACAAUUUCAUGAUUGUUUUGCACUAUAUGUUAUUUCUUCAAAUUUAGCCAAGGCAUGCACAUUUUUGUGCAGUAGUGGUGCACUCUGUUUUUUUUU